ACAAUGGCUACCGGGAGUGCCUGGCCAAUGGCACCUGGGCCGCCCGCGUGAACUACUCGGAAUGCCAGGAGAUCCUUAGCGAGGAGAAGAAGAGCAAGGUACACUACCAUGUUGCCAUCAUCAUCAACUACCUGGGCCACUGCAUCUCCCUGGUAGCCCUCCUGGUGGCCUUUGUCCUCUUUCUGCGGCUCAGGAGCAUCCGGUGCCUGAGAAACAUCAUCCACUGGAACCUCAUCUCGGCCUUCAUCCUGCGGAAUGCCACGUGGUUCGUGGUCCAGCUCACCAUGAGCCCAGAAGUCCACCAGAGCAAUGUGGGCUGGUGCAGGUUGGUGACAGCCGCCUACAACUACUUCCACGUGACCAACUUCUUCUGGAUGUUUGGCGAGGGCUGCUACCUGCACACAGCCAUCGUGCUGACGUACUCCACCGACCGGCUGCGCAAGUGGAUGUUUAUCUGCAUCGGCUGGGGUGUGCCUUUCCCCAUCAUCGUGGCCUGGGCCAUUGGGAAGCUGUACUACGACAAUGAGAAGUGCUGGUUUGGCAAAAGGCCUGGGGUGUACACUGACUACAUCUACCAGGGCCCCAUGAUCUUGGUCCUGCUGAUCAAUUUCAUCUUCCUUUUCAACAUCGUCCGCAUCCUCAUGACCAAACUCCGGGCAUCCACCACGUCUGAGACCAUUCAGUACAGGAAGGCUGUGAAGGCCACUCUGGUGCUGCUUCCCCUCCUGGGCAUCACGUACAUGCUGUUCUUCGUGACCCCUGGGGAGGACGAAGUCUCCCGGGUCGUCUUCAUCUACUUCAACUCCCUCCUGGAAUCCUUCCAGGGCUUCUUCGUGUCUGUGUUCUACUGCUUCCUCAACAGCGAGGUCCGCUCUGCCAUCCGGAAGAGGUGGCGCCGAUGGCAGGACAAGCACUCGAUCCGCGCCCGCGUGGCCCGCGCCAUGUCCAUCCCCACCUCCCCCACCCGUGUCAGCUUUCACAGCAUCAAACAGUCCACAGCAGUCUGA